AUGGCUCUGAUGUUCAUAAGCUCACUGCGCAUGUCUAGAUGCUCCUGGACUUUGAGAGAUGAUCCUGCUGGCCCAGGCGACAUGGCGCCUGUAGUCUUGGAUCUCUGGACAGCUUUCGAUACUAUUCUCAAGGCCCAUGGAAAGCAAUACAGCAUCAAUUCGACAAAGAAUAAUCCAGAGAAUGCUAGCCGAUACAGACAGCAUGUUUUGCAGCGCCGACAACUCCUGGCACUCCAGAAUGGGUCUCGGCCCUUGAAUAACCCAGCUCAAGUUCGCGAAUUGUGGGUGAUCGCUUUGGAAGCCUUCGUUCAUCGUAUCUGGGACACUUUUGAAAAGGAUCAGACGCUGGGCGGAAACUGGAUCAAAGACAAGAUCGAUACUAUCCCUGUCCGAGCCCCCAGAUUUGUCCCCGAUGAUAUCACCGGUGAAGCUUCUGGAGUUUAG